UCGGGUUCGAUAUUCUCUUCGCAUAUGUCAUUUUUCACAUCGCAAGUCAGACGAUGAGCCUGAUGUUUGUUUUGGACCGACUAUGUUAUCGAGCAUAGUCCGGGGUCUCAUUCGUCGAUCGAUGGUGUGCAAGAACAGAGUGUAUCGGGCUCGACAUUCUCGCUUUCUUCUAACAGGUGCGAUGACAGACGUGGGGGACAAAUUUUGUUUGGCCGACUAUGAUGCAGUUGGAUUUGAUCUGGAUCAUACACUGGCGAAAUACAAACUGGUAGAAUUAAUGAAUCUUGCCUAUGACUCUCUCUGUGAAAGUCUCAUUAAGCGGGGAUAUGACCCGAAAAUAAAGGACAAACUCGAUGUUCACAAGGAUUUUGUGUGCAAAGGUUUAUUUCUUGAUUCAGAAAAAGGCAACAUUCUCAAACUGGGACAUGAUGGGAAAAUCCUCAAGUGUAGUCAUGGAACUAAAAUGAUGGAAAAAGAGAAGAUGUUAUCUGUUUUUCAAGUAAAAUUACACUUAACUUUCAGGAGGCCAGUCAUAUCAAGAGUCAUGGCAGUAGUACACAGAGGUCAGGUCAAGAGUCAUGGCAAGGACAUGAAAUUCCGUUUCUUUGAGAAUUACUUUGACAUCCCAGCCCUCGUGUGUUGUGCUCAUAUUGUGGAUUUUUUGGAUAAAGAGAAUGGCGGACCAUGUGAAAAAUAUGACUUCUGGAAAGAUAUUUAUGGUGCUUUUGGAGAAAACUAUAUUCCCACCCAAUUCGCAAAAAAUGCAGGAUGGUUCUUCCCUAGUGUAAAAAAAAAUCCUGAGAAGUACCUACAGCCAAGUAGUAAUGGUGUCAAGGAGUGGUUAAAAGAAUUAAAGGGAGAUAAACGAGUUGUCUUUCUCAUGACAUCAUCAGCCAUAGAUUUUGCUGGAAUGGUCAUUGAAACAGUGCUAGGGUCAGACUGGAGAAACUAUUUUGAUGUUUACCUCACUGAUGCCAAAAAACCAGGAUUCUUCACAGAAAAUAAUAAAUUCAAGUUAAUUGAAAAUGGAGAAAACAAGGGUAAUGUUGAGGAACUGGAACCAUUCAAAACUUACUCUAAUGGAAACUGGACAGAUUUGAUGAAAUUCCUGUCCAAACAGACAGGGAAACCAGACCCAAAGGUGGUGUACUUUGGGGACAGUCUAUGCUCAGACAGUUUUCCAGCUAAGACAUUUGGUAACUGGGACGUAGUAUUGGUACUGGAGGAAAUGGAAGCAGAGGGCUACCAUCUGGAUUUAAAAGACGUCCUAGAACCAAAGCGCAAAGUUCCUAAACACCAGGUGAACUUGGAGAUAGAUCCUGAAGAGGAGCGGUAUAUUCUGUCUGACUGCUGGGGGUCAUUCUUCUACCACGAAGAGGAGGAUCUGAAACAUGAUAAACACAUGAACACUUACUGGGGGCGAAUUGUCAGUCAUUACAAUGCUAUAGCUGUACCAACCAUAGAGUAUAUUGCAGGCAUGCCAAUUGACUACAGAUAUACAAAGUUCAAAAACUCUGAUGUUGGCAAUACAGAUGGAUUUUAUCCAGGAAAACCCAAGCCACUUCUCACUUGAGGAUUUACUUAAAUUAUAGAGGUUUUAAUUAUUUAAAAUAUGUGAUCUCAGUAUGAUUGUAGAGGAUCUUUGAUUUAUAAACCAAUGAUAGACAGAUUGUAUUUAUUAUCAUAACAGAGAAGGAAGAAAAAGCCUUCUGUGAAGGUGUGUUGUGGUUGUAACUGUCUGAUUUACUUUGUACUUUUACAUUUGUAUUGUA